AUGAGUUCUUCAUACGCGGUACCGAGUGAAUCAGCCCACAACACUAUCUGCCGCUGCGGCUGUAGAUACGACAAGACUGGUUUGAUGAGCUGGGACCAUCAAUGCUGGCCUUAUUACCCGAGACUACGAAAGCAGCGAGAUGCGGAAGGAAAACCAAAAGAAGGAUGUCCAGUAACGGUCGAACGAAUUGCAUCCCCGAAAUUGAUAGCGAAGGAAUUUGCUGAUGUGAGUAUGUUUUUUUUGCUCUUUUUCAGAGGAGAGAUUCGAAAGUGCAAGGGGGUACGGUAG